GCAUAGGAAUCCCUCGUUGUAGCAGUCCUCGAAAGCCCACGACAACUAUGUCCGAGCUAGCAUCGCCAACUUCCACUCCGCCUUCUCUUCAACCUGUCACUUUACAUUUUGAUAAUACGCUUAGCGUCACCCUUGUUGUCGAGAUUCUGGUGGCGAUGUUGUACGGCAUCAUCAGCGUGCAAGUUUAUAACUACUUCUACGGCGGCCCUCGUGACGACCUUUUUCUGAAGCGAACUAUAUUUUUCCUGUGGAUACUCGAAAGCGUUUACGUCGCGUUCAAUUCUGGUACGGUCUACUACUUGGCUGUAACGAAUUUUGUGAACCCUCUCGCCUUGACGCGGGUUCCGCGGAGCUGGGUAGCUUCGAUGCUUUCGGGUUAUCUCAUUGAGGUCACUGUCACUUGGCUCAAGUUUCCGAGCUAUCAAGAGCUGGAGCAGCGAUUCGCCGUGCGCAUGCCGCUCCUUUCAGACUUUACCUUGAUUCUAAAAUACACGAAGUGGGUUUGGUAUACCGUUUACAGCCUCCAGGCCUUCACAGACUGCGCUAUUGCGGCUACACUCUGCACGAUGCUUAUCAGGCGUCGCACCGGCUUCAAACGAACUAAUUCGAUCAUCCGCACGCUCAUCAUUUACACCAUUAACACAUGUGCGCUGACUAGCUCUGUCUCCAUUGCUUCUGUUGCUACGUACGCUGGAAUGCCCCACAACUUCGUAUUCGUCAACUUGGCAAUAGUACUGCCGAUGUUGAUAUCGAACUCCUUGCUUGCGCUGCUCAACUCGCGUGACGCACUGUACGACACGCACGCCGUACAAAUCGAGUCCAUCCAUCUCUCAAGACUCGCAGGAAUUAUAAACCACUCUGCUCCGUCGGGCGGUACACGAGUUGCGCACACACACGAUGAGGUUGCCAAAGACCGGGAGGCUGCGGAAAUUUCUGACAUCGUUGGAGCCCCAAAUAGCUCGUGCGAUUCGGAAUCUCAGGCAUCGAGGUGGGCCGGAGUCUGAACUCUGCGCAAGAAUGAAGUUUUGUGCAUGUUUCUGCCCAUUGUUCGCCAUCUGUGUUGCAAGUGCACAUCAAAUAUGCAUUCGAUAUAUUGGCUCAAUCGUAGUGAAUAAC